AUAUUAAGUUAUUUGGACCUGUUUUAUUCCAUUGAUACUGUCAAAUUUAAACAUCUAUUCGUAAUUUUAAUAUUCAGUAAAGUAAUGUGUGAUCCACUGUUUUCUCCUGUGAAUAGCAGCAUUCUUAUGUCAGAGGGAAUAGAAGUGGAUGAAUCUUAUGACUUAUUUUUGAAUAAGGGAGACUGCCAGUAG